AGGGAUCGGCGCUCGGAAGAUCUCGCGUUGUUACGGAAAGCUCGCGAUAGGGAUAAAGUGCAAACAUAAGCACUAAAAAGUGCAAGGCGAGGCAGCGGUCAGCGAAACGCACGUAACCAAUCAUAGAACAUAUUACCUUAUAUGUACCGUCUAAAAAUAAGCAUAAGCAUCUAUAGUAUAUAAGACUAAUGCACUAAUAAUAAAUUGGCUUUUGUUGCAUCCACCACGUUGGUGCCUGUGCUUCAUUGCCCCUGGGACGGGAUGUCCUUGACCGAAGCCCUCCGGUGUUAGAACUCGGUUGCGAGAAGCAACAAGUGGUGCCCCGUGUGAGGAAGGCGUACGCCGGCCGAGAACCGGAGCAGCUAUCGGUGGACCGCGGGCGGUCGAGGGGGGAUCCGGAUCCAUGGAAGGGGUGAGUCAGAUUCUCAUCCGGUUGGCUCGAGACGGAAAGCUUUCAGUGAAAGCGAAAGAUAUACAAGGGUGUCUCGAGUGGCUCCUGAAAGAUGGAGCGAUAACCCAUCCGCGGGAUAUUUUUGGCCCGGAAGGAUGGGGGGCAUGCACGCAAGCGCUGGCGGAGCAUGCGAUGGCUACCAAAUCAGCCAAACAUCUGAAAGUGUGGGGCACAAUCUUGCAGCUGCUGAAGCGGGGUAUGGAGGAAAAGGAGACUAUGUGGGCGGCACGCAAGGCACUGGGGUUGGACUGCCAAGGUCGCCUCCCGUUCACUGAGGAGCAGGAAACGCAAGUAGAAAAAGGUGAAUUAGAAAUAGAGCCAAAACAGGAAGGCUCGGACUCUGAAAUUCUGACAGCACAAGAGGGAAAAGGGGAAGAAAAGCAAGUGCAGGAAGAGAUAAUGGCUCGUGUGUGUUUGACUUGUGGGAUUAUGAAACCAAUGUCUGAAGGGUCGUGUCUGGGAUGUAUAAAGAAAGCAUAUCCGGUAACUGGAAAGAGGUUGAACCCUCCGCAGUACCCCUGGGACGAUUUGCGGGAGGCAGAGCGUAAAGCACGGUCCACGCAGCCUGCUCCCUCGCCAGCUCCGUUGCCAUCCGCGCCACCACAGUUUGUGGACCCAGAGGAAUGGUUGCCUGGGCUAGCAAUGAAAGCCCCGGAGGAUCCGUUGGAGAUGGCAGCAGAAAUAGCCAGUCCGGAAGCUGGACGAGGAGCAGAUAGGCAAAGAUGGCGCGAGAGGGAAGUGCUGCGCCCAGGAAAGGGGAACCAGUGGCGGGCCCCUGAUAAGCAUCCUGACAUUGCAGAGGAGGUUGAGGAGCUCUCCGAGCAGCUUGCGGCUGCGUGGGGGACGGAAGAGGGGGGAGACGCGGCAGCGGUCGGAAGCCGGAAACCGGGUCGGGAGCCUGGUCGGCUUGGGGGGACCUCUCGGGCCGGGAAGGCGCAAGUUAAUGACCACAAAGUGCAGAUGAACCUGCAGCAGUUACAGCAAUUAGUUAAUGAAAUAACUGCAGAGGUAGAAAAGCAAAAGCGUCUGCUUCGAACCCGGUCUCCUGUACCACCCUCCCAAACAGAACCAUCCGGGAUAAAAUUCACUGAUUGGCGACUUAUAGCAGAUGAGUGCAUAUUGGGGGGUCUGACUUUGCGACCCAUUGCUACCGCUUAUCCUGUAAAGGCAGUAGCCGGGGGGGGAGUGGAAUGGGUGGCCCUAGAGCCCAAAGCCGUACAGCACCUCGCGGCUACCAUAGAGGCUAAAGGAUUGGGCCAUCCCCUCACAUCGACAUUGUUAGAUAGCAUUCAUGCUGGGGGACUUUUGCCAUAGGACUUACGCAAUCUGGGAAAAAUGGUGCUGAAGCCCACUGCCUUUCUGAUGUGGAAGGACAGUUGGAUUCAGCGACUAAGAGAGGAACUAACCCACGCGUGCAGAUCAAUAUUUCCACAGGUACCGAAGUAGUGAAAGAAGCAGACGACCAGCAGAAUGACGUAUGAAGAAGUACAGUGGAUCAUCGGCGGUGGCUACUUGUUGUCUGUAUUGUACUAGUUAUGGUGAAUAUUGCCUUGCCGAAAAGACAAGGUGCUGCUAUGUAGAUACUAAUGCCUGGCUAUUUACUCACUGCAGAAGAAGUAAUUGUCUUAUUCCUACUAGCCUGCAUAUUAAGCUGUAAGCUGAUUAGUUGGCGUAUCUCACACCAGCCAAGAAAUUGAUGCAAGAUGGGGUUUAGUCUGUUUGGAAGCUUAAAUUUCAUUGGAAUAAUGACCAUCGUAGCUAUAUAUGUUCCACCUCAACCCAAGACUAACAUUUGGGUCACUAUGGCUAAUCUUACAAAUCAGGAAUCCAUUUGCCUUGCCCUUUCGUCACCUGGUAACCCCUUCUCCACAUGCCUUGUAGGUUUGCCGACAGAUGUCUGGCCUUGUCCACUCCUGCCGUACUUUUGUGUUCUUCAUGGCGACAAACCGUAUUGUUCAAACAGCACUCCCGCAUGCAAUGCUAAUAAGCCAAAUAGAGUAGUUGAGCUAUGGGAUUUUUGGGUGCCAUAUCUCCCCGUUGCUCCUGCCGAGCCUCAAGAAUUAGAACUGUUAGGAUCUGUAAAAAUGGACAGUUGUUUAUACUUUAAGUGGACCAAUGAAAAGGUAAAGAACAUUAGUGCAACAGUUGUGAAUUCAAGCCUUCCAGUUUAUAGGAAUGCAUCUGAGUGGUGCCAAUAUACUGCCAAGCAACACUCACGAUCCUCUGAUCAUCCUUUCUCUUUGCCUAGCGGCCUAUUUUUGAUUUGUGGUGAUCGAGCUUGGCCAGGUAUUCCCUCAAAACUUAGAGGAGGUCCUUGCUCGAUAGGUAGAUUGUCCUUAUUGACACCCAACACAUCCAUGAUUCUAAACAUGUCCAGGUAUUACUCCAGUAGGCGAAUGCGACGCAGUGUACACAGUUUUAAUAGCAAAUGCCAGGAUAAUGUAAAGUUUUGGUCACCAGGAGAAAUUAUUGCAGCCUCCUUUUUAGCUCCAGGCGUUGCAUCAGCCGGAGCGCUGGCACAGCUUAACAAGCUAGGUUGUUGGUUAGCUAAACAAACUAAUGCCACGUCGCGAGCUAUAAGUGAUUUGUUAAUUGAUGUAGAUUCUGUAAGACAUGCCACUCUUCAAAAUAGAGCUGCCAUUGAUUUUCUCUUAUUAGCCCAAGGCCAUGGUUGUGAAGAAUUUGAAGCGAUUACAGUCUGCCUUAAGUGUCCGCGUCUCAGCUGCCUCAUCCGGCGUCCAACAACAGCGUGAAACACUUCAACAACAACUGCAUCAAACUGAGCACCGCUUCCUGCCUAUCACGACAUCUUAAGUCAUGGGGAGGGGGAGAUGUAGGGAUCGGCGCUCGGAAGAUCUCGCGUUGUUACGGAAAGCUCGCGAUAGGGAUAAAGUGCAAACAUAAGCACUAAAAAGUGCAAGGCGAGGCAGCGGUCAGCGAAACGCACGUAACCAAUCAUAGAACAUAUUACCUUAUAUGUACCGUCUAAAAAUAAGCAUAAGCAUCUAUAGUAUAUAAGACUAAUGCACUAAUAAUAAAUUGGCUUUUGUUGCAUCCA